AUGUCACAAAAACGUCUUCGCUCCGACUCGGCCGCCUCUACCGACCCAAAUACCUGGACUAUCUUUGAGCCGUCCUCGGCCCCAGAUGCCGAUGGUGACAUUAUUCCCACAAAUCCCCAUGACACUAAACACUCCCGUCAUGCCGUCACCUCGGCCCCAGCAAUAACAUGCUUCCUACCGCCAUCAUGCGCAGCAGGAACCGCAUUUGCUAGCCAUGAGCUGUUUGAGAGUCAUUAUGCACAGGCGCAUACCAAUCGCUGCUUAGAGUGUGGGAAAAACUUUCCGAGCGGGAGGUUUCUGGAGCUGCAUAUCGCGGAACAUCAUGAUCCGUUGCAGGAAUUGAGAAGAGAGAGGGGUGAGAAGGGGUAUGGGUGCUUUGUGGAGGGGUGUGAGCGGUUUUGCUCAACGCCGCAGAAGAGAAGGAGGCACGUUAUCGAUAAGCACCAUUUUCCUAAGGAAUAUAACUGGGGAAUUGUGCAAUGGGGUAUCGAUAACCAUACAACUCUUCUCACUCGUUCCACCACCAAAAAUACUCUUACUACAACCUCAACUACUGGUCCGACUAUAGCUGCCACACCAACAACCCCCAAUAAACCACAGAAGCUAGGUGGUAAGAACCCAAGCCCCAAACAAAAAGAUCCAAGUAGGCGAAAAAGACCAAUGGGCAUUAAAGAGGAGGAAGAGGAGGGAAAGCCCUCAAUGGAGAAAGGAAAAGAGGUAAAAGAAGUAGAUAUGCUCGACGUUGCGAACGCCAUGAGUGCCAUGAAAUUAGUGCCGCCUAGUGUUAGGUUUGGUGGGAGAAGAGGAGCUAGCAUGAGGUAG